CACGUAGCGAGGGCUGAGGCCGCCCUGUCCCCUGCGCGCCGGCGCGGCUGGGGACUAUAAAAGGGUCGACUGGCUCCCUCUGCUGCCCAGUCGCGCCGUGAGCAGGCUGAGGGCGACAGGGAUCUAGCUAGUGGGGACUGCUGGCGACAGGACCGAUCAGAGCCGAGCUGUCGCCCUCCUCCCGGCCCGCUAUCCAGGUGUGUGAACCUGUAGAGUGCUCCAAGAUGAUCUGGGGUGUUGUAAUGUUGGGGAUUCUACUUCCUCAGUCUUUAGCCCAUCCGGGCUUUUUUACUUCAAUUGGUCAGAUGACUGACUUGAUCCAUAAUGAGAAAGACCUGGUGACAUCACUAAAAGAUUAUAUUAAAGCAGAAGAGGACAAGCUAGAGCAAAUCAAAAGAUGGGCAGAGAAGUUAGACCGGCUAACGAGUACAGCAACAAAAGAUCCAGAAGGGUUUGUUGGGCAUCCCGUAAAUGCAUUCAAGUUAAUGAAACGUCUGAACACAGAAUGGAGUGAGCUGGAGAGUCUGAUCCUCAAGGAUAUGUCAGAUGGCUUCAUCUCUAACCUAACCAUUCAGAGGCAGUACUUCCCUAAUGAUGAAGAUCAGGUCGGGGCAGCUAAAGCUCUGUUUCGUCUGCAAGACACCUACAAUCUGGACACAAACACCAUCUCGAAGGGUAAUCUUCCAGGAGUGCAACACAAGUCUUUUCUAACAGCCGAGGACUGCUUUGAGUUGGGCAAAGUGGCCUAUACGGAAGCAGAUUAUUACCACACAGAACUGUGGAUGGAACAGGCUCUGAUGCAGCUGGAGGAGGGAGAGGUCUCUACUGUAGAUAAAGUCUCUGUUCUAGAUUAUUUGAGCUAUGCAGUGUACCAGCAGGGAGACCUGGAUAAGGCACUUUUGCUUACAAAGAAGCUUCUUGAACUAGAUCCUGAGCAUCAGAGAGCUAAUGGUAACUUAGUAUAUUUUGAGUAUAUAAUGAGUAAAGAAAAAGAUGCCAAUCAGUCUACUUCGGGUGACCAAUCUGAUCAGAAACCUACACCAAAGAAAAAAGGGAUUGCUGUGGAUUACCUGCCAGAGAGACGGAAGUACGAAAUGCUGUGCCGUGGGGAGGGUAUCAAAAUGACUCCCCGGAGACAGAAAAGGCUCUUCUGCCGCUACCAUGAUGGAAACCGGAAUCCUAAGUUCAUCCUGGCUCCAGCCAAGCAGGAGGACGAGUGGGACAAGCCUCGGAUUAUCCGUUUCCAUGACAUUAUCUCUGAUGCAGAAAUCGAGAUUGUCAAAGAUUUAGCAAAACCAAGGCUGAGCCGAGCUACAGUACAUGACCCUGAGACGGGGAAAUUGACCACAGCACAGUACAGAGUAUCUAAGAGUGCUUGGCUGUCUGGCUAUGAAGACCCUGUGGUAUCCCGAAUUAAUAUGAGAAUACAAGAUCUCACAGGACUAGAUGUUUCCACUGCUGAGGAAUUACAGGUAGCAAAUUACGGAGUUGGAGGACAGUAUGAACCCCAUUUUGACUUUGCAAGGAAAGAUGAGCCAGAUGCUUUUAGAGAACUUGGGACAGGAAAUAGAAUUGCCACGUGGCUGUUCUAUAUGAGCGAUGUGUCUGCUGGAGGUGCUACUGUUUUUCCUGAAGUGGGAGCUAGUGUUUGGCCCAAAAAAGGCACCGCUGUCUUCUGGUACAAUCUGUUUGCCAGCGGAGAGGGAGAUUACAGUACACGGCAUGCAGCCUGUCCUGUGCUAGUUGGAAACAAAUGGGUAUCCAACAAAUGGCUCCAUGAACGUGGACAGGAAUUUCGAAGGCCGUGCACCCUGUCAGAACUGGAAUGACAAGCAGGCUUCCCUGGGCUCCUGCCAUCCUCUAACGCGCCAGGCACAAUGGCUGAUUCUAACUGUCAGACGUUUACAGCUGACUAACACUCCAUUAUCAAUUCCAUCAUGGCCCGCAUCCCGCAUUUCAUCUGUGGACAAUCACUUAUUUUGUGUUUUAUUUUUUUAAUUAACACUCAAUCACCACAUUAUGUAAAACUUAUGGUUCAGUUAUCACAGGGUACAGGACAUUUAAAAUGAAGAACCUAAUUCUGUUGUUUAAAAGAGUUUUUUGGUUAAUUUUUAAAAAAAAAAAAAAGCAUCCAGUAGUAAAUUUCACCACAACUCAGGAGCUGGUGGACAGGCGAGGCUGUGAGGCAGGCAGCUGCCUGCACGCUGCUCUUCCGCUGUCUGGACUGGUGCCUAACUAGGCCCAGUCAGGGUCAGGGGUUCCCCGCCACCUACUAUUCCACGUGCAUAGUUCCUAUUAUUUAAAAAACUUUUUAUCAAAUCCUCCUCACCUCCACUGGUGAAUUCAGCCAGUUUGAGAAAAUUACUUUGUUCAAAAAGUCCUGCAGAACUGGCCUCACAACCAAAUGCUCAGACUUAGACCUUUUCUUCAGUGAUGGUGUCCAGAGACUGUUCCAAGUGCCAAUCCCCUGCCGUGUCUUCCAACUGCAAACUGCAGCAGGCGGUGAUGUUGGCAUUCUGAUUAAAUUCUGUGCCUUAGGAGACUGGGAGUUAGAACAUGGACAGGUCUUUGUAAUGAGGGAGUUGAUUUUUAAAAAGAAAUGUUUUAUAAGAAGCCAAAAUGUUUGUUUUUUCCAUUCUGAAAUGUGUUAUGAUAAAAAUGACCUAUUUAUGAUCUUAAAUUUUUUUUUAAAAAAACA